AUGGUCCAUCGCGAGCGCUUCGCCAGUUCGAACGUUACCACGAACAGUCGCUGUUAUUCCCCGUCGACGACCUCCCUAAGACUAGAGCCGCGCGUCGCAGCGGCGCGGCUCUUGCUCGUCGCGGCCGUCGUGGCGCUCUCCGUCCGCGCGAGCUGGGCUGAAGACACCUCUGUAGCGUUUAACGCCGAUCAGAUGGCGGCGCUAGAUGCGCUGAAGGUGGAGUGGGGCGCGUUCUCAUACAGCACCACGUGGACCAGCACGGCGCAGUGCCUGCUGUACCCCAAGUCGCCCAAGGUCGCGGUGCGCUGGGGACUCAACUGCGACGACGCGGGGAACGUCAUCCGCCUUGACCUGCAUGGGCUGGGGUGCGUCGGUUCCUUCGCCAGCAGCAUCAGCAAACUAACCGCGCUCACCAUGCUAGAUUUGAGUUUCAACAGCAUAACCGGGCCCAUUCCAGACUUCAUAUCCACCCUCGAUAAACUCCAAUUCCUGAGUCUCAACUACAUGCCACUAACAGGCUCGUUACCGUCAGGUCUUGCUAACCUGCGCUCUCUCAAUUACCUGGGGGUGUCCAAUGCGCAGCUAACUGGUCCCAUUCCCGCCUCGUUCCGAAAUUUCAAGUCCCUUGAAACACUUGUGCUGGCCUACAACCAGAUGACAGGAGCCCUUGGGGCGCUGCCUUACAUGACACGCCUCAGAGACGUCUACCUCGCCAGCAACGCGUUUACAGGCUCCAUGCCGGCAGCACUGGCCAACGUCGCCUCUCUACACAACAUAGACAUGAGCAACAACCGGCUGUCUGGCAGCAUACCUGCAGCGUAUUCCAAGCUCAGAAACCUCGAGUCCUUUAACAUCAGUGGUAACCAGAUCACAGGCACCAUUCUGGAUGUCUUCACCAGUCGAAACAUCUGGGCUCUUGAUGUAUCUUCCAACGCGUUGACAGGUGCCCUACCCAAGUCCAUAGGCAACCUCCCUCGCAUUCAAUUACUGUAA